AUGUCGCAAGACGAGUCACUACCAUACGUCCCUUUGGAGCCCUACAAUGGCACCUACCCCACUGGCGGCGAUUCCUUAACACAAGACCUUAACGUCUUCUAUCAAUCUGGAGAUAUUGCAUGGGUAUGAAGCCUAAUGUCGAGAGCCACAGCGCGUAGGGGACAUAUCGGCUGACAUCCCAUCCGUGUGCAUCACAGGUCAUAACAUCAACUGCCCUCGUUUUGCUUAUGAUUCCGGGCGCCGGUUUCUUCUACAGUGGACUCGCUCGCCGCAAGUCAGCGCUGUCGUUAAUAUGGCUUUCGAUUAUGGCGACUGCGAUCGUCAGCUUCCAGUGGUUCUUCUGGGGAUACUCGCUCACUUUCUCCCACCAUGCUGGAAGUUUCAUUGGCACACUGGAUAAUUUUGGGCUUGCUGGAGUCCUCGGAGCACCUAGCACUGGAUCUUCGAAGAUACCCGAUCUCCUCUAUGCUGUCUACCAGGGCAUGUUCGCCUCUAUCACUGUCGCCCUAGCUGUCGGCGCGGUGUCCGAAAGGGGUCGGAUGCUUCCUUGUGUCAUUUUCAUGUUCAUCUGGUCCACGGUGGUGUACGAUCCCAUAGCUUGCUGGACUUGGAAUCCUCAUGGAUGGGUAGCAAAGAUGGGCGGUCUUGAUUUUGCCGGCGGAACUCCUGUCCAUAUCUCCUCCGGUAGUGCGGCACUGGCCUACUCCUAUAUUCUCGGCAAGCGAACAGGACACGGCACCCAUGCCCUGAAUUACAGGCCGCACAAUGUCACGCACAUCGUAAUCGGCACCGUUUUCUUAUGGGUGGGCUGGUUUGGCUUCAAUGCCGGCUCUGCCCUCAGCGCGAAUCUCCGCGCGAUCAUGGCAGCCGUAGUAACCAACCUCGCCGCCUGCGUCGGCGGCGUCACCUGGUGCCUGGUCGACUACCGCCUCGAAAAGAGAUGGUCGACAGUAGGCUUCUGCUCCGGCGUCAUCGCAGGCCUCGUGGCAAUCACUCCCGGCUCAGGUUACGUCCCCGCCUGGGCAGCAGUGGUCUACGGCGUCGUGGCAGGCAUCGGCUGCAACUUCGCAACACAGCUCAAGUAUUGGAUCCAAGCCGACGACGCCCUCGACAUCUUCGCCGUCCACGGCAUCGGCGGUGUCAUCGGAAACCUCCUCACAGGCGUCUUCGCGGUGGAUUACGUCGCCCACCUCGACGGCACAACCACCAUCCCUGGGGGCUGGCUCAACGGAAACUGGAUCCAAGUCCCCAUCCAAAUCGCCGACUCCGUCACCGGAAUGGCCUAUUCUUUCCUCAUGACCUGCGGAAUCCUCCUCCUCAUCUCCACCCUCUCCCGUGUCUUCCCGGCUUUGAAACUGAGAGCAAGCCCCGCCGAAGAAGAAAUGGGAAUCGACGAUGCGGAAAUCGGGGAAUUCGCGUACCAUUAUGUGGAACUCGUGAGGGAUGUGAGGCCUCUCGAGGGCGUGCGCGUUGAUGAUUAUCAUCGGCAGCGAGAUUUUGGAACGGAAGAGGAUGGGCGGAGUGUGCGCAGUUUGACUCGUGAGCAGGGUGUUCGUGUCGAGAAGGAUGGGUAUCCGCUUAGGACGUUCACGCCCCAGUCGCAAGGACAUUCGCCCGUGGGAAUGGCGUCGUAG